UUCUGUAUCCACUUAAUGGUAGUUCCACCAAACCCGCAUUUCGCCAGCUUACUUAUCAGAAUGUCAUGUGGGAUGUGUCAAAAGCCUUGCUGAGGUCCAGGUAUAUUAUAUCCACCGCAUUCCCCCUGUGCACCAAACCAGUUACCCUGUCAAAGAAGGAAAUCAAGCUGGUUUGGCAUGAUUUGUUCUUAGUAAAUCCAUGCUGGCUGCUAGCGAUCACCCCUUCGUCCUCCAGGUAUUUGCAAAUUGAAUGUUUUAUACAUGGUUCUCGUAGCUUUCCAGCUGUCGAAGGGCGGCUGGCUGGUUUCUAAUUCCCCAGCUCCUCCUUUACCCCCCUUUUUAAAGAUGGGCACCACGUGAGCCCUUCUCCAGUCUUCCCCUCUCCCGUCACCCGUGAGUUUGCAAAUAUUAUUGCCAGUGGCUCCGAGAUUUCUUCAGCUAAUUCCUUCAACCCCCCAAGUAUGAAUUCUUUCAAACUGGUCGGAAAAUCUCUGACAUGUUCUUUGCUUAUCCCUUCCCCUUUAUUGUCUAUGGUAACUUCGCCAGUCGACCGGUCACAGGUUAUUUUUUGUGAGAAGACUGAAGCCAAGUCGGCACUGAGCAGCUCUGCCUUCCUCUCAUCUUCCGUUACCAGCUCACCCUCUCCAUUGAGCAGCGGACCCACCCCGUCCCUGAUCGAUCUUUUUUGUCUGAUAUAUUUGAAGAAGCCGUUGUCUCUAACGUUGCUUGCCAGCCGUAACGCAUUCUUUGGCUUGGCUUUCCUGAUUUCUGUCCCUACACGCUCGUGCUAUUCCCAUGUAGACUUCCCUGGUGACAUGUCCCUCCUUCCCUGUCCUGGAUGUGUCCCUUUUGGGUUUUAGAGAGCUAAAAAUCUCCUUGUGCAGCCAUUUUGACCUCCUGUGGCUCUUCUUAUCUUUCCUCUGCGUCGGAAUAGCUUGAUGUUGAGCCUCUAAUAUUACGUCUUUUAGGAACCGUCAGCGUCCUUCAACUCCUUUUCCUCCUAACUGGUCUUUCCAUGGGACCUGGCCUGCCAUUUCUCUGAGCCAGUUGAAAUCUGCCUUUCUGAAGUCCAGUGUCCUUGUUUUGCUGGUCUUGUGUCCUCCUGUCCAUGGGAUCUUGAAUUCGAUCAGAUCAUGACCCCUUCCUCCCAAGUUCCCAACCACCUUCACACUUGUAACUAAUUCAUCCCUGUGGGUCAAAACCAGAUCCAAAGUGGUUAAUCCUCUAGUUGUGGCCUCAACUUUCUGAAUCAGAAAGGUGUCCACCACACACACACUAAAAAUUUGCAGGACGUAUUAUGAAUUCACCUGUUUUCUUUCCCUUGAGCAUAAGAACGGCCAGACUGGGUCAGACCAAAGGUCCAUUGGAGGUUCCCCAGAGGGAAUGAACAGAACAGGGAAUCAUCAAGUGAUCCAUCCCCUGUCACCCAUUCCCAGCUUCUGGCAAACUGAGGCUAGGGACACCAUCCCUGCCCAUCCUGGCUAAUAGCCAUUGAUGGACCUAUCCUCCAUGAAUUUAUCUAGCUCCCUUUUGAACCCCAGGGUUUCCGGUUUCCAAAACCAAUGUGAUCACCCCAGCUAGAAUGAGAGGAGGAGCCGUGGGUCCCACGUCUCCGAAUCCAGAAGAAAGAGAGAUCAUGAAAGUUGACUGCGUGGGUGUUGGGAUGGAGAAUGAGAGCGAGAAGCAGAGUCCUCAGGAGGAAGAUGCUGAGCAAGUGGAAGCCCAGCAGAGAAUCCUCACGGACGAGAGAAAAAACACAUGUCCUGAGUGUGGGAAAAACUUCAGUAACCGCUCGGGCCUUAUUAACCAUGAGAGAAUCCACACAGGGGAGAGACCGUAUGAAUGCAGUGAGUGCGGGAAAACCUUCCCUCGGAGCUCACACCUUAUAAUACAUCAGCGAAUGCACACAGGCGAGCGCCCCUAUGAAUGCAGUGAGUGCGGGAAAACCUUCAGUAACCACUCAGACCUUAUUCGACAUCAGAGAACUCACACAGGUGAGCGGCCCUAUGAGUGCCGUGAGUGUCGGAAAACCUUCAGUUACCGCUUAGCCCUGAUAGAACACCAGCGAAUCCACACGGGGGAAAGACCUUAUGAAUGCAGUGAGUGCGGGAAAACCUUCGGUUACCACUCCGAUCUUAUUAGACAUCAGAAAGCCCACGCAGGAGAGAGACCUUACGAAUGCUGUGAGUGCGGGAAAAGCUUUGCUGAUAGAUCAGCCCUUAUUAAUCAUCAGAGAAUUCAUGUGGGAGAGAGACCCUAUGAAUGCCGUGAGUGUGGGAAAAGCUUCAGUUACCGAUCAGACCUUACUACGCAUCGGCGAACCCACACCGGAGAGCGGCCCUAUAAAUGCAGCGAGUGCGGGAAAGGCUUCAGGCAGAGCUCACACCGCAUUCGACAUCAGAAAAUCCACACAGGAGAGAGGCCCUAUAAAUGCUGUGAGUGCGGGAAAGCCUUUGCUGACAGUUCAGUCCUUAUUACGCAUCAGAGAAUCCACACGGGUGAGAGGCCCUAUAAGUGCUGUGAGUGCGGGAAAGCCUUUGCUGACAGCUCCGCCCUCAUUAGACAUCAGAGGAUCCACACAGAAGAGAGACCCUAUAGAUGCACUGACUGUGGGAAAGGCUUCCAUCAGAGCUCAACUCUAACUAGCCAUCACAGAAUCUGCAAGGGCGAUAAACACCCAGUAAACCUUCUCUAGGGCUGACAAAAUAUAUUUUUUGCCUAAUUCCCAUUUAGUGGCCAUUGGCACCAUUUGAUUCACUGUGUUCCCUGAGCUAUCCCAGACGAUUUACCUGCUUUUGCCUUUUGCCGCUCAACCUUUGGGGUUAAUCCCAUGGUCCUUUCUUUCAGCCCCUUUUUUCGAAGAGUAAGCCCCUUCGUUUUCAGUUUAAACCAAUUUUUACCGAAAAAAUCUUGGGUUCGACAAAAAGAAUUAUUCGGUUUUUUUCUUCCGAUUUUCACCCUACUUUUGUAUCAUUCAAAUGUAUUAAAAAUAACUUGUUUUAUUAGGGAAAUACAAGGCAUGGUGUGACCUAGAUGUAUUAAGAUAAUACACGAGCCUGUGUGUCUAUGCAAAGCUGCCUGGUGAAGUAAGGCUCUGUAUUCGUCUAGAAGAUACACACAACAAACAAACAGGUGCGCACACACAAACUCUGAAGUGCGGGCGCAUCUGAACGUACUGAUGAAUCUCACGCCCAUCACGUACACAUUUCAAGCUGUUAGCAGAUGACGGUGUAAAGAUCUGACACGCUAAAAUUGGAAGAAAAUGAAAAUGCGCAUCAGAAUAUGUUUCAGGACCCAAGUACGUAUUCAAAUGUUUUUAAAAAAUAGAAACAGGGAGGAAAGGAUGACGUUGAGCGUAUGUGCUCCAAAUGGUGGGGCCCAAUUAUUACAUGGAAAUAUUUAUCGGCUGAUGGUUCUUCGUCUACAACAAUAAGCUGUUUAUUCAAAUGACAAGCUUUAUUUGGGGACUAGAGACAUUAUUGUCUUAAACUCAGAGGUGGCGUUGUGUUUUGAGCUCUGAUUCAGUUGUGCCGCAAACCACCUUGAAUUCCAUUCAUCAAAGCAUUAAUCUGCUGAAUACUUCCCCCCCACCCCCGUCCUUCUGUCCACCAAAAUAAACCCCAGUAUUUACCCAGAAAAAUUAAUAGGUUUUUCCACUGAUUUUUCACCUGUUUUUGUUGUUGCAGAAAUAAACUCCGAUAAAUUCCCUGGAAAAAUUAAAUAAAAUAACCGAAAACAAGUGUCAGAGGAGCAGCCGUGUUAGUCUGUAUCCGCAAAAAGAAAAGGAGGACUUGUGGCACCUUAGAGACUAACCGAAAACAAAGGGCCCUACCUAUGCGUCAUGGGAGUGUGUGUCCCUGCUACCAUCAAUCCCAGGUGGGAGAGAGAGGGGUAAUCUUGACUAGCUACAUCGAGUUAAAAUCUCUCUGGGCCUCAUCUCCGCUCCGCUUUUCCACGGAGUUAGCUCGCUCGAGUUAGCUGUCCUGAUGUAAAAACACAACUAUUCUUGCAGUGAAGACACAGCCCCUGUGUACUGGCCAGGGUUGUGUAGCACGUUUCCUCAUGACUUGACCUAACCUCUCUCACUUCGACUGAACAGACCUGGAGCACGUAUUUCUACUCUUCCUCCCACUGCAAAGAAGUCACUAGAGUCCCCAAGUUCCCCCUUUAGGGAAAAAUUGUCUCAUUCCCCGUUGUUCUCACGUUGCCCUGUUGGUUACUGGUCAGCAGAUAUUUAUAGUACCGUUUUUCUCAUUUAAAAUAGAUUUAAGCAGGGGCAGAGGCAUGUAAAAAUGUCAUUUCUGCCCCUCUAACACCAGAGGGAAAUGGGAUGAAUCAAAGGAAUUCCCUCCUUCCCUACCAUCCCAGCAGUGUUACCUUCUGUAUGAGCCGGGCAGAGUUUAUCUUCUUCACAUGCUGCUUGCCCACCUCCCAGCGUGUGAGAUGAUGCAGUGUUCCCAGGCCUCUGUGCUUUGAUUUCUUUGAUCCCAAAUCCGACUCUUAGGCCUGGAGAUGAAAGUGUCACAGACUUUAAAGGGCCAUUUGAAUUGACCUCAAACAAAGUGUGAUCAUGCAAAGUUUAUAUCCCAGUUUUCCACUUCUGGGCUUUUCCUCUCCUGAAUUGGGAUUGUUUGCAGUGGGGACAUUUGUAUGAUGAUGCUGAAACUCUUGUAAAGAAGUUGACUCAAUAAUAAUGAGACAGCACUGAGUGAAGUAAGUUUGAACGGACCAGAGGAGAAUGUGAUGAGAGAAUCUGUUGUCCUGAUUCUGAGUGAUCGGAUGUAACCUGCUCUGGAAUUUUACUUAAUAUGUAGGGUGACCAGAUAGCAACUCUGAAAAAACAGGACAGGGGGUGGGGGUAAUAGGUGCCUAUAUAAGAAAAAGUCCCAAAAUACGGGACUGUCCCUUUCAAAACGGGACAUGUGGUCACCCUAUUAAUAUGAAACUGAAAAUGUUGUAUUCCUCUCUGUGAUGUGGGUUUUUCUUCUUUUUACCAAAGGCUAUUGGUAUUAAUUUUGUUUGGCAGAGUAUAGCUCAGAAUUCUUGGGGCUUAGAGACAUAUGACCAUUUGCUAAAAGUCAUUUCUUACUUAAUUUGUUGCUUUUUCCACUCCCCUUCCUGAUCACCUGGAGAAAGUUCCGUCAAGAGGAGAGGACACUCUAAGCUAUUGGACAUGCUACCAAGGAAACAGUAAUGUUUUUACAUCUCUACUUUCAAAUGGUGAACAGCGGCAGAACCCAGAUUGUGUAACUAACUGAAGUAAACAGACAUGAUCAUGCUUUGUUCAGUUGUUUAGGGCAGUAUUUUCUCAGAUGAUCUGGAGAGAGAAUUCCAUAGUAAGUGACCUAGAACUAAGCAAAAUGAACCUGUAUUUCCCAGAUAGUUGUGAUCCGGGCCCUACAGGAAAUUAUUCCUGAAGAUACCUCUGAUCUAAUCCUAUGAUUUGGAAAAUGCUCUCCUUAACUAUGCGGAUAAGGAGGCAAAAGAAGUGGUAUUUUCAAUGAACUCACGCUCUGUAGUUGCUGAAAAUGUGUAUAAAGUGAAGUCACAGUUGAAUGUUAGCUGACCGAGAUUCUGAUCCCAGGCCUGUAUCGAGUUUUCUAACUUAGACCUGUGCCACCAGACUAAAGAAAUGAACUGGGCAUGUUUGGGGAAGCCGUUCCUCACUAGCGCGGCUGAGAUUCUGGGUGGCUUGGUAGACAGUUCUACUCCAGAGAAGUGUGAAUUUACCCUGACAAAGGUCAAAGAUUUGGGAAGAAUUCAGGUAGAAGUAGCAGGCACCCACUGGCUGGCUCUCACCCCGGCCAAGGAAGCUGUGAAGAACUAUGUCCAACUCAAGCUAUUUUUUAGAACAACAUUCUCUAGUUCAGUGGCCCCGAUUACAAUCCCAUAGUUAGGUUGGGAACAAUUGUCCUUUACCAUUUGGAUCCAGAGUUUCAUGAAGCAAAGAAAGAAACAGCUGAUGCCUUUAGAGGACAGCCCUUCCCCCUGGAUCCCAGUCUGGCUGCCUGCUUGACACGUUCCAGAUUCAGACUGCAGGAUACUCAAAUGUUGAGUCCUGAUUCCGUGCUUUUUUCUCGUAGGUUUGCUCUUGUGUAUUGUGUAGUUACCUCAUUUUCCCUCCACCUCCGGCUUCUCUGAAAGAUUUUAAAAAGGUGAAAAUCGAAGAGAGGUGCUUUUUCUCAUGGUACAGGCCUUCCCACCGAGUGUGAGACCCCCUUCCACCAACACUUGUGGGAGAAGACAGACAGACAGAUAGAUAGAUAUAGAUAUACAUGAACUCACUGAAGUGGAAAGCAUCUAAACCACAACCCUAUAGAAGUGUUCCCUAAGUGGAAUUGGAGAUGAACAGAAAGUGAACAUAUAUGAUAAGAUUUUGAAUAUGUAACUGUUACCAGUGUGAAUGAAAGUAAACCAGAAAUUAAUGAUUCGCUGAAGAACAAAAGUCUGAGGUUAAAACACAAGUUACCUCAGAAAACUGAGAGUUAUACUGUAUGACGUGACACUCGCCUACUUGCACCAAGGGAGUUCUGUUUAUGUUUUAUUUUAAGUUUAGAUUAAUUGUAUUAGAACAGGCUGAUUACACUCAAUAAAGAAAAUACUUUGUGGUGGAAA